GCUCGCUUCGGCAUCCUUCUUUCGCUGUUGCUCCGAGGCCGACUGAGGGGUUCGCAGCAGCCGCCUCCUCAGCGCAGCAUCGCCUCUCUUCUCCUCGCCCCCCCGGAUACAACAUGGCAAGCACCUUCGCUCGGGUCUUCUCCUCCAGAGCGAGGAGAGUGGGCAUCCUGUCGCUGGUGGGCGCGGGCUCCUUGGCCACGGGCUUCUUCUUCAACAGGGACUAUGUGGGCGCAGCGUCUCAGCAACGCAAACUCUACCCUCCCAGUGCCGAGUACCCUGAUCUGAGAAAACACAACAACUGCAUGGCCAGCCAGCUCACUCCAGCCAUCUAUGCCCGGCUGUGCGACAAAGCUACACCCAAUGGCUUCACGCUGGACCAAGCCAUUCAGACAGGAGUGGACAACCCAGGACACCCUUUCAUCAAAACCGUGGGCAUGGUUGCUGGGGACGAGGAAUCCUACGAGGUUUUUGCUGAGAUCUUUGAUCCAGUCAUAAAGGAAAGGCAUAAUGGCUAUGACCCCCAGACAAUGACACACCCCACUGACUUGGAUGCCAGCAAGAUACGGUCAGGGCAGUUCGAUGAGCGCUAUGUGCUGUCUUCUCGAGUGCGCACGGGUCGCAGCAUCCGUGGCCUGAGCUUGCCCCCCGCCUGCACGCGUGCGGAGCGCAGAGAGGUGGAGCGGGUGGUGGUGGAUGCCCUCAACGGGCUUCAAGGUGAUCUGAAGGGCCGUUACUACAGCCUAACCCAGAUGACAGAGCAGGAGCAGCAACAACUCAUCGAUGACCAUUUUCUCUUUGAUAAGCCAGUGUCGCCGCUCCUGACCUGUGCAGGAAUGGCUCGCGACUGGCCUGAUGCACGAGGAAUCUGGCAUAAUGAUCAGAAGACCUUCUUAAUAUGGAUUAAUGAAGAGGACCAUACACGGGUUAUCUCCAUGGAGAAAGGAGGCAACAUGAAGCGCGUGUUUGAGCGUUUCUGUAAGGGACUCCAAGAGGUGGAGAGACUGAUCCAAGAGAAGGGCUGGGAAUUCAUGUGGAAUGAAAGGCUUGGCUACAUUCUCACCUGCCCCUCCAACUUGGGCACAGGGCUAAGGGCCGGUGUUCAUGUCAAACUACCUCGGCUCAGCAAGGAUGCUCGUUUGCAAAAGAUCCUGAACAAUUUGCGUCUUCAGAAGCGUGGCACAGGGGGUGUAGACACUGCAGCAGUGGGCAGCACCUUUGACAUCUCCAACCUGGACCGAUUGGGCAAGUCAGAGGUUGAGCUGGUCCAGAUAGUGGUAGAUGGCGUAAACUACUUGAUUGACUGUGAGAAGAGGCUGGAAAAAGGCCAGGACAUCCGAAUCCCACCACCAAUCAGCCAGUUCAAGUAGAAUAACAUCAGGCUUCCAUCGUUCUUGGCUGCUCCAUCUGCAAUUGUCAUGUAUAAGCAAUUAGAUACAUAUUCAUAAUAUAAUCUAUAUCCAAGAAAAUGCUUAUGAAAUGGAAAUAAUGGUACCUAAUAAAGUAUUGU